AAGGGACGAAGGGAAGUACAGUAAGACGGAAAGUCUCAACUCCCCCACAUCUGCGUCGCUUCGCUUCCUCUUCAAGUUUUAUUCUCUCUCUCUCUUUCUCACUCUCUCUUUCUCACUCUCUCUUUCUCACUCUCUCUCUCUGACAAACCUUAAAGAUAACAGAUCUCGAGUACAUGUCAUUUCUUAUCGCCUUCACCACUUUCUCGGUUUGUUUGUUUCUCAGCUUUCCUGAGGAAACAAGAUAAACUCGCGUAUCUUCGCAUCAAGUCUUCUCUUUUGUAUAGAGUGCAAAUGGAAAUGCAAGAGGAUAGCUUGUGGAGUUUGUUUCCUGUUCAGGAUGUUGAUACGGUCUUAACCAAUAGAUUACUCUACCUUGAUCUUUCUUCGAGACACUUCAAGGAAACACUUAAACAAACCAUGCUUGGCCAAGAAUCUGCCUUUGAAUAUCAGAUCCACGAGCUUCAUCGUCUAUAUCAAAGGCAGAAGGAUCUGAUGAUGGAAAUGGAGGAAACCAACAACUUUUACACUCAACCUCAACAUUUAUACCCUGAUGACAGGGGUCACUGGAUGGGUUCUUGCAUCUCCACAUCUAAAACUAGCGUUUGGUCACCAGAAGACGCAUCUGCCAAGACUGAUGAAGCUGGAAUUUCUGGAGAUGAGAUUGCUAAGUCUGGGGAGAAGCUCUUGGAUCUUGAGUCACUGUCUUCUGGGUGUCGUGGUAUAUGGGAAGAAGAAGGUUUAAAGAAUGGAGAAGUUCAUGAAGCUCCCAACUUUCCUAAAGAUCAAUCUCCAAGAAGCAUGUCUCUUGAAUCAGUUGUCCAGCCGGGAAGUGUGCAGCAUUUAACUGGUUUGUCAAAGUUCAAAUGUAUACUGGACUUGAAUGAACCUGCCAAGAUUGAGGAUCAUUCAGAUUAUGAGCUUAAUCAGUUCCUAACUCCAGCCCAAACAAGUAGUGAAAGAGCAGAACCAGAAAUGCAAGAGCCGGUGGUAUCUGCAAAAUGUCAAGCUGACGAAGUAACUAUAACCAGGACGAUAGAAUCAGAGCAACCUCAAGGGUGUCUUUCAGCUUCAUUGCACAGAAAACACGGAUCAGCGCCAUCACAUUCACGAGUGAUAGUUCUAGCGCUCCCAUCUUCAAAAGCCAUUCCGAUCUUCCACAAACGUUACUCCCGGCCUAGGAAGAAAGCUAUACGUGGAGCAAACUCCACAAAUGCUGAAAACUUUCCUCCCAACAAAACCAGGAAACGCUCAAAUCUUGUCUCAAACUUUGGUGUUAAUGAAGAUGACGACCAUUCACUGAGUACUGCCUCAUACAUCCCUGAUUCUGACCAUCAUCAAGAACGUCUGGAGAAAAAGAGUUCAAGUUCUGUGCCCGAGGUUAAGAGAAGAAGACGUUGUAAACCACAAGUAGAAUCAGGCAAGGUUAUGAGAAAGAUAUCAAGAACCAAAUCAAAGACCAGAGGGAGAUUUCUUGCUACAGAGGAAGAGGAAGAAGAAUUAUCUGUAGCAGCAGCAGAGGCUAUAGUUGAUAUGUCACUAUCAGAUUUAGCUAAAAUGUCCAGCAUCAAAACUUCCUCUGAUUGUAUCACUUCUCUGCAUUGGUUUGCUAAAAUCGCAUCUUCGGUUGUUGAGGACUCAAAGAGUAAAGUUGGACUAUCGGUGACAGGAAUCCACUCUGAUUACCGAAGAGACUAUAUUGAGGCAACGACAUUUCAGCUAACAGAGAUGAAGCCAGAGCAGCAAAGAACUAGCACUUCAGUCUCUACCAUUGUUCAUCCUAAGCACAAGAGGAACCUGCGGAGUCAGGGAAAGCGACAACUGCACAAAGCCUCUCAGCGUCUACAGAAGAAGAUAGGAAAGCUUAUGGAAGGUUCUGAAACGAAUGAUGCUAACUCCAGCUUGAUGGAAAAUAUGAUAAUCAAUUGGGGGACAAUAACAAAAGGAAGAAGAGGCAUCAGAAGUCCUGCUACUAAUACCAAAACCUUGAUACCUUUUUUGCUUUCUGGUUCUUGAGGAAUCAAAGUUAGUUACAGAGAUAGUACUGAAAAAAUUCACUAAAUCAGUGAAACUUUUGGGUUUAGAUUUUACAAGUUCAUCCAAAAGCGGAUGAAAUCAAACUAGUACUUGUUUAUAUAAAAUUAAACAAAAAGAAAGACUUUUAUUA